CCAAACUUUAACAACGCAACCGUGCCGGGUCGACAAGUCACUCCCACUUGUCUCACUGACUUUAGACUUCCUUGAUUGAUCUAUAUAAAGGCUCUAAAUUUUAUUUUCCCCUCCCCGGCCGAAGAUUGCCUAAUCCAUACACUCCUAUCUCAAGGCUCGAGGGGCGUAGUCAUCCAGUAUCGUUACGACUUUUCUGUCUCUCUCGUCUUUCAUGUAGCGCACCGCACCGCCGCAAAACACAAACACCAUGAGGAAUAAUUCGUGUGUAAAGGACACCCGUCCUUCUAAUACUCGUAGUGGUGCAAUACCACCAUUUCCGAAGCGGCAGAUGCUAGUCCUAGCAAUCUGUCGAAUAUGCGAGCCAAUCGCAUUUAUGGGUAUUUUCCCAUAUAUCUACUUCAUGAUCGAGGAUUUCAACAUUACCGAGGAUAAGAGCAGAAUUUCAUUUUACGCCGGCAUGGUCACGUCAGCAUUCACAUUUGCUGAGUUCUCGACGGGACUCUUGUGGGGACGGCUGAGUGAUAAGAUCGGAAGAAAGCCUGUAUUGCUCACGGGUCUCAUCGGUACAGCUCUGAGUGUUUUGAUCUUCGGCUUUGCUCGUAACUUAACGGUUGCGCUCAUCGCUAGAGCGGUUGGAGGGCUCUUAAACGGGAAUAUGGGUGUGCUUCAGACAACUGUAGCCGAGCUGGUAACUUCUAAGGAGCAUCAGCCCCGAGCCUACACUAUAAUGCCCGUUGUAUGGUGUUUAGGGUCGAUCGUCGGUCCCAUGAUUGGUGGCGCACUCGCUCGGCCGUGUAUCAGCUACCCAGGCCUUUUCAAAGCCGGCAGUAUCUGGGACAAGUACCCAUAUCUACUUCCUAAUCUUUUCAGCGCCUUCAUCGUGGUGAUUGGUGUUAUCAACGGCCUCCUAUUCCUUGAGGAGACUCACGCCGAGAAGAAAUUGAAGCGGGAUCGAGGUCUGGAACUUGGAGAUUGGAUUUUAUCGAAAUUACCGAUUUUUGGAAAAUGCACCGAGCCGCGGGAUGAGAAGUCUAAUCUGGCAGAGAUGGAAACACAACCGCUUCUCGAUCACGACGAACAAUUACCUGGAUAUCAGACCAACGAGAACUCCCCUGAAAACUCGCCACGCAUCAGAUCAGCAUCCGUCCCUUCGAUAUCAUGGGAUUCACUCGACCUCGAAAGCGGACAUGGAAAUUCGAACCUAGGUGUCUCUAGGAUAUUCACACGUCCGGUGAUCCUAAACAUUAUCUCUUUCGGUAUUCUCGCCUUCCAUACUAUGACUUUUGAUCAACUGUUCCCAGUGUUUCUAAGCACCUCGCCACCAGAUCAUCCAGCGCCACCUUCGCUACCUUUCAAAUUUGUCGACGGUUUCGGUCUUGACAGCAAGACAGUCGGGAUCAUCUUGAGUGCCCAAGGCGCGUAUCAGCUGCUUGUUAACAUGUUUAUUAUCCCUCCCGUCCUAAAGCAUUUCGGCGCACGUCGGCUAUUCAGAUUCUUGGUUAUCGCCUAUUUUUCGCUUUAUCUAAUUACGCCAUAUCUGGUCCUUUUACCCGAGAAGUAUCGUAUGAUCGGCGUUGGAAUGGUAUUGGUCUGGAAGUGCACAUUCGCCAGCAUGGCAUACCCUAGCAACGCUAUUUUAACAGCAAAUUCAUCGCCAAGCCCCCUGGCCCUCGGCACUAUCAACGGCGUAGCAGCCUCGACUGCAAGUUUGUGUCGUGCAUUCGGCCCAACCAUUUCCGGUAUUCUCUACGCUGUUGGCCUGAAGUCUGGUUAUUCAGGUCUGGCAUGGUGGUGUAGUGCCUUGGUGGCCAUUGGAGGCGCGAUUGUUGGACUUCAGAUUCAGGAGCCGCAGAGCCAUACAGGCGGUAAUGCCGAUCCAACUAAUAACCAGGAAACAAAUAAUGCUGCCAAUCGAGAGGCUUCGCCCGAAUCGGCAUCAUAGAGUGAAUUGGAGUUCAUUUGCGGCCCAUUUUGGGGCCAUGUUUUCAUUCUUGGCGGGUUUUCAAGCAUAACAGGGAGCUUGGAUUAUUCGGGUUACGACGUUUAAUGACUUGUUCCUU